AUGCCCGAGCCGUAAAGAAAAUCCAAGAUCACAGCCUCACGCAAACUCUUGUUGAAGAGUUUGAUGCUGGCAAAAGCGAAGGAGGAGUGGGACCAGGAGAUCGUGGACAAGCAGUCAGAGAAGGAAAGAUACCUGUCUGAGCGGAUCACGCCACUGCACACCAGUGGGCUUUCCUUGAGCCAGCUCCAGGACCUGUGCAGGGAGCUGCACGAGAAGGUUGAAAUCGUGGAUGAAGAGAGAUAUGAUAUCGAAGCAAAAUGCAACCAUAAUACUCGGGAGAUUAAAGAUCUGAAAAUCAAAGUGCUUGAUCUCCGAGGAAAGUUCAAGCGACCCCCCCUGCGGCGAGUCCGUGUCUCCGCUGAUGCCAUGCUGAGGGCUCUGCUGGGCUCCAAGCACAAGGUUUCCAUGGAUCUGAGAGCCAACCUGAAGUCUGUCAAGAAGGAGGACACGGAGAAG